UAUAUAGUGGAGGUUCCAACAUGAAGUGAUCGGAGUAUAUAUAUAUACAACCUAUGAUAACCAUUUCUAAGUACUAGGAGAUGGUUAAAGAGGUAUAGGAUCUCAAAAACAUCAAAAUUCCGAUUCAUUUCACAUUUUUCAUUCACUAGUUGGUCCAGCUGAUCAGAAUGAGAUCCUCUCUUAACUAAUAUUUAACUCGCUAGCUACUACUACACCUCAAAUCGAAUUAAUUAUCUUUUACAGGUAGGCAUAUAUAUAAUUUUCACUAGGUAUAUAUACAUAUAUUUGUGCAUGUAUUGCAUAUAGUGGGCAGGAAGUUGAAGAUAUUAUAGAAAUCAUCAGAAAAUGUGGAAGAUUAAGUUUGGAGGGAGUGCAGAGGAGCCAUACUUGUUCAGCACAAACAACUUUCAUGGAAGGCAGACAUGGGAGUAUGAUGCUGAUGCUGGAACCCCAGAAGAGAGAGCUCAAGUUGAAAAGGCUCGCCAACAUUUUUACCAAAACCGGUUCAACGUUCAGGCCUGCAGCGACCACCUCUGUCGCUUUCAGCUUCUAAGAGAGAAGAAAUUCAAACAAAGUAUUCCUCAAGAGAAGGUUGAUGAUGAUGAUGAGAAAAUUAGUUAUAAAACUGCUGAUGCAACAAUGAGGAGGGCAAUCAACUUCUGGUCUGCCUUGCAAAGUCCACACGGCCAUUGGCCUGCUCUAAAUGCUGGUGUUAUGUACUACGUCCCUCCCUUGGUGUUUUGUAUGUAUAUUACCGGGACACUUCAUACCAUAUUCAAUGAACAUCAUCGAAGGGAAAUGCUGUGGUAUAUGUACUGCCAUCAGAAUGAAGAUGGUGGAUGGGGAUUGCACAUUGAAGGGCCAAGUAUGAUGAUGUGUACGGUUCUCAACUAUCUGGCCAUGAGGAUACUCGGAGAAGGACCGGAUGGCGGCCUGAACAGUGCCUGUAGCAGAGCAAGAAAGUGGAUUCUGGAUCAUGGUGGCGCCAUGUACUCUGCAUGUUGGGGAAAGACUUGGAUGGCUAUUCUGGGUGUGUAUGAUUGGGAAGGAAGCAACCCAAUGCCACCAGAGUUUUGGUUCCAUCGAACUCUAGUACCUUUGCAUCCAUCUAAGAUGUUCUGUUAUUGUCGUUUGACGUUAAUGCCCAUGUCAUACUUUUAUGGAAAGAGAUUCGUUGGGCCCAUCACACCACUCAUUCAACAGCUUAGAGAAGAAAUCUACCACCAACCGUACAAUCAAAUCAAAUGGCCAAGAGUCCGUCAUUUUUGUGCAGAGGAGGAUAAUAACUACCCCAAUGGUCGAUUACAACGCUUGAUGUGGGAUGGUUUUUACUAUGUGGCCGAGCCUCUUCUGAAUAGUAGGUUAUUCAGAAGGAUAAGAGAGCAUGCUGUCCAAAAAACAAUCGAUUAUAUCCAUUAUGAAGAUGAGAACAGUCGGUAUAUUACUAUUGGAUGCGUAGAAAAGCCAUUGAUGAUGCUUGCUUGCUGGGCGGAUGAUCCUAAUGGUGAAUAUUUUAAGAAGCAUAUUCCAAGGGUUGCUGAUUACUUGUGGAUUUCUGAAGAUGGAUUGACCACGCAAAGCUUUGGGAGUCAGACAUGGGAUGCUAGUUUUUCAGUUCAAGCUCUGCUUGCUGCCAAUAUCAGUAACGAAAUUGGACCUGUACUAAAGAGAGCACAUGAAUUUUUGAAGAUAUCACAGGUGAGGGUAAAUCCUUCUGGUGACUACUUAGCCCAUUUUCGCCACAUUUCUAAAGGAGCAUGGACUUUCUCUGAUAGAGAUCAUGGUUGGCAAGUUUCUGAUUGUACUGCAGAAGCUCUCAAGUGUUGCUUGAUGCUCAAAACCAUGCCACCGGAACUUGUGGGGGAGCCAAUGGAACCGGAGUGUUUAUACGAUGCAGUUAAUGUCAUACUUACGCUACAGAGUAAAAAUGGUGGUGUAUCAGCUUGGGAGCCAACAGGAGCUCCAAGAUGGUUGGAGUGGCUGAAUCCUGUGGAAUUCCUUGAGGACCUUGUGCUUGAAUACGAGUAUGCAGAAUGCACUUCCUCUUCAAUUCAGGCCUUGGUUUUAUUUAGGAUGUUAUUCCCCGUGCAUAGGAAGAAAGAGAUUGAUGAGUUUAUCACCAAGGCUGUGACAUACCUCGAACAAAUUCAAAUGCCAGAUGGCUCAUGGUAUGGGAGUUGGGGAAUAUGCUUUGUGUAUGGGACAUGGUUCGCAAUCAAAGGGCUGGAGGCCGCUGGGAAGAACUAUUAUAACUGUGAGGCUGUGCGCAGAGGUGUUGAGUUUUUACUUAAUACACAGAGAGAGGAUGGUGGUUGGGCUGAGAGCUACAAAUCAUGCACUAACAAGGUAUAUACACCAUCUGAAGGAGACCACUCCAAUCUGGUGCAAACUGCAUUAGGAUUGAUGGGUUUAAUCCAUGGUCUACGGGCUGAUGGAGACCCAACUCCUAUACAUCGAGCUGCAAAGCUUUUGAUAAAUUCCCAAUUGGAAAAUGGAGAUUUCCCACAACAGGAAAUGAUGGGAGUUUACAUGAAGAACUGCAUGCUGCACUAUGCAGCUUACAGGAACAUUUUUCCAUUGUGGGCUCUCGCUGAAUACCAGAAUUUAGUACCAUUUCCUUCUAAUUAAACAAACAGCAAAUCGUGGAGCAAGUUUGCAAAAAGUGCGAAGGCAGUCUUACCCAAAAGCUUGAAAAAUUUUAUACUUACUAAAUCUACACAAACGUUGAUGAAUUAUUAUAGUUAAAUUAAGUUUAGCCAUUGGCUAAUCAAAUAUGAUAAAUACAUAAGAGAAUGUUUUA